UCCAGCAGACUUCAGUCAUGGAGUCAGAUAUUCAUUUAUGUCGUGCACUUCUUCUCCCUCUCUGAUCAUCUAAAGAAUCAUCGGACUGGACACCAGAUGACAGAUUUAAGGAUGUUUGUCCCUGAUGUCUCAUAUUCACUGCUGUUGUUGGGAAUAUCGUUUCUCACUGUCUUCACUAAGACUUCACAUGAGUUCUCAGGUUAUCUGUCCCGUGUGCUGAGGAAUUACACUGAACAAGCCUGCGACGGAGACUUCCUGACUGUUCGCUGCCCACUCAGAACCUCCAUCACCAUCCAAUCAGCUUUCUAUGGCAGGAAAGACUCCGCCCAUUCGCCACAGUGUCCGCCCACUUAUAACAGUGCUGGGACACGCUCAGUGAAUGACAUCACUUCCUGUCAUGUGUCAACAUCCUUGCAGAAGAUGUUGGAUGAAUGUGAAGACAGGAGAAGCUGUCAUGUUCUUGUCAACAGUCGUUUGUUUGGGACGGACCCCUGUCCAACCAUCAGCAAAUACCUCAGCGUGCUGUACAAGUGCAGACCGAAUGAGUAUAAGAGUAAAGUCGUGUGUGAAGGGGAGCGGUUGCGGUUAGGAUGUAAGACGGGAAUGCAAAUAGCAGUUUAUUCUGCCAUGUUUGGCCGCACACAGCAGGGAACGCUGGAGUGUCCUCCACACCACCGGAGGGCGCCGUCUGUCGACUGCUCGUCAGACGUGGCUCUGCAUGUGAUGACAUCACGUUGCCAGGGAAAACGCACCUGUGUGGUCCGCGCCUCUACACAAGUCUUUGGAGACCCCUGUUACCGUGGCACCCGCAAAUACCUCAGUGUCAUACACACCUGUGUUCCAAAGAAACUCCUUCAGGAAUCAGUUUCCAGGCGCCCGUCGUUCCCCUCUCCCCCCUCUCUGCCUCAUGACCCCAACGUGGUGGGAGACAGCGGCCCCCCUGACGGGACCCCGCCUUUGACUUCAGACACUGUGCCAGGGAGGUCGACACGAGGCCAGACUUUUGGUUUGUAUUCAGAAGAACCGGAUCAGUCUAAAGAACGAGAGAGAGACAGUGAUCCAAACCCUACCGUCUCCACCGUAAGCAGACCAGCAAUGGCUCUCAUCAGCAGCGCACUAGCAGCAUACACCUACAUUACAGAGCAUCCCGAGCAUUGUGCCCUCUAUUUCAUGUGUGGUGUGUGUGCUGGUCUGUUCCUCACACUCUUCGCGCUGGUCGUUCAGAUCUCCUGUCGUACGGACUGUAAACCUCGUCAUGCGGUCGCUAAGAAACGGCCGCGACCCGCGGACUCCGACAGUGACACCACUGACUCUGACUCAGACUGGGACACGGGUUCGGACCUCUCGGCCCGCCGACACCGCCGGUUUGAGCGCACGCUCAACACAAACGUCUUCAUGUCGGCCGAGGAGCUGGAGCGAGCGCAACGACUGGAGGAGAGAGAGCGAAUCAUACGAGAGAUCUGGAUGAACGGACAGCCGGACGUCCCCGGCACUCGUAGCCUAAAUCGCUACUAUUAGAGCUCCGCCUCUGAUUGGACAAUUCCAGAAACAAAGCUGCUACUGGGAGUUGUAGUUUUCUGAUAGCUAAAGAAGAUGCAUGUACCGCCAUGUUUGGCAUGAAAGUGCGCCUUUUCUUUGCAGUGGAAAUAAGCUCUUCGUUACGACGAGCAUUAUGCGUAACCUUCAGUACGCUGAGGUGAAGGUCAAAUGCUCUGACCUCCUCCACUUCUCUGGACUGAGGCUGAAGCUAAGGCUCAUGGGAGAUGUAAUCCAUUUAAAGACUGGCUCUGGGAGUCUGUAGGCAGCUCUUAAAGGUGUGUUAAGCUUUAAGCACUGUGAUUGGUCCUUCACUGCGCCUGUCAAACAGUAAGGACAUGUGCCCGGUUGCAUAAAGCACCUUAAGUGUAAUUUUCCCUUAAGAUCACCCUAAUGUUUCCCUUAAACUUAAAGGAGCAAUAUGUAAUAUAUUUAAUGUACUAAAGCAUAAAAUUAUCAUAAUAUGUUAUCAGAGAUUUAGGAAACAUGCUAAGUUGAAAUACUGGCUUCUCCGAAAAGAAUGCUACAGCCAGUAUAUAAUACUUUGAAAUGUCCGUUCCGGGCCAGAAUUUAUUUUUGUGUUUUGGCCUGUGUGAUCCCGCCCACUGCCCAUUUCCCAAUAGUUUUGACCCCCCUGGGUUGCCAGAUUUGAAACAAGUUAGCGGGCAAACACAGCGCACUGCAACCAUGGAAGCCAGCAGUACAUCUAGCUAACAUUGACAGAGUUAUUAAAAAAAUCCACAUGAGCACUACCACCCCUGGAGUUCGUGAGUUCGAAUUCCAGGGCAUGCUGAGUGACUCCAGCCAGGUCUCCUAAGCAACCAAAUUGGCCCGGUUGCUAGGGAGGGUAGUCACAUGGGGUAACCUCCUCGUGGUCGCUAUAAUGUGGUUCGCUCUCGGUGGGGCGCGUGGUGAGUUGUGUGUGGAUGGCGUGAAGCCUCCACACGCGCUAUGUCUCAGCAGUAACGUGCUCAACACGCCACGUGAUAAGAUGCACGGGUUGACAUCUCAGAUGCGGAGGCAACUGAGAUUCGUCCUCUGCCACCCGGAUUGAGGUGAGUCACUACGCCACCACGAGGACCUAGAGUGCAUUGGGAAUUCCAAAUUGGGGAGAAAAAGGAAGAAAAAAAAUCCACAUGAGUUGGUUUAUAAUUUGCAAACAAUAAAAACAUUGCAAACAUAUACAUUAACUGAUCAACAUACAGUGUAAGGCUCGUCGCUUGCCAUUGUCAGUUUGCUCGUUCCUGUUGCGUGUCCUCAACCUGGCAACCCACGUGAGUGGACUGCAGUACCCAUUUUUAAUGCUUGAUGUCAAUGUUACAUAUUGCUCCUUUAAGGGUGUUGCAAGAAAUAACCCUUAAGUGUUACUUAAGGGUUUUUAUGGGUAAAACGUCACAAUCCCUUAUGAUCUCCCUUAAGUAUUUAUUUUUUACUUAAGUGUGCCCUUAAAAACCAUUAAGUGUUGCAUAAAGCCCCUUAACUGCCAUUUUCCUAAGUAUUUCCUAAGGUUAGGAAAACUUUACCUCAAGCAUAGGUUAAAGGUUUAUAAAAAUGAAUAAAUAGCUACAUUUAUACAACCAAUUGAAGAGUAUAGUGUGCCAAGGUGAAUUUUUCACAAUAGGGAGAACCCAGUUUAGGCCAUUUAAGCGAUGAAAAACUGUUGCAGAUGUUGCAUGAGUACAGAUUUGACGGUCAUACAAUAUGAGAAAUCGCGAACAAGCUGGAGGGCGAUCUAAUAGAAACACACACAAACCAGAAGUGCACCCAGUAUCAUCUGAUCUCUGUAUCUUUAUAAACUGUACAAAUGGAUGAAUUAAAAUCAUACCAAAAGUUCAUUUGCGAUAUAUCGCUAAUUUUUAUACAUAUCCUACACCCCUACUGAUCACCACUAAUAUUCUUAAUUUGGGAUGGCAGUCAGUUCUCUGCACAGUUAUACAAGCAUCUUAACGUCUUGCACCUCUAAUCCAACUCUUACCGGGCAGUCUUUCAAAGGUGUCUUUCUCAAAAAGCCGUAAAAGCAGAAUCCUCCACUAAUUGGUCUGCAUGCGAAACUCAGGACGUUUACACAGGAAAAUGUGUACACAAAAAAGUGUUUGAAUCGAUUAAAUUCGAGGAUUGUACCUCAGAUACAAAUGGAAAUCCACCUGUGUAUCCUCCAGAAAAUGAGUCUGAAAAAAAUAUUCAUGCAGUAAUCGUAAACUUCUGUGACUGGUGCAUACUGAAAAGUGCUGUGAAAACUAACAGGUGAUACACGACAACGCCGUUUACGCGCUGCUUCAGAAGAGGUCGGACAAUAAUUUACACAUGAAUAAUUAUACAGAGAAACUUUAAUAGUCAUUAAUAUUAAAAUAAAAUCAUAGUGUAAAGUUGAAGUAUUUUCUAUGUGGUAAAAUUGCCCAAGUGUUGGUCGGGACAUUUCCGAUCUUCUGAAAGUUUGCAGAGACAGGCUGUGUCCAUGGUAACAGUAGAGUUUUAUUACAGUAAAACCUCACUCACUGUAGUAAAUCCCUUAACGGUUUCCUUUACCUAAGAGAAGUGUCUGGGAUUAUAUGCAACACCCUCAAGUCAUUCCCUCAGAUAAGGGGAAAUUACACUUUAAGUGUACUUAAGGGAAAAACUUAAGGUGUUUUAUGCAACGGGGCACUGCUUCUGUAGGGAGAGACACGGAACAUUUAAGGUUCUAAGCAUCACCAAUUUAUGUGCCUUCCAGUUUUCACCUAAAAAAAAAAAAAAAAUACACACAUACAGUGGACAAAAACAGUAUUUGGACAAAAUAUGCAAACAAAUGAUGCUAGAGUUUUUCUCAGAAAUAACUUCACUUUUCUGAGCCAUUUUUGCUAUGACUUUUAAUCAACAGGUUUCAGGUGUUUUUAGCAGAAUUGUAGCAGAACAACAUGAACAUGUUCCACUAAUGUUUGACAGCUAGAAAGUGUCUGAAUAGUUUUGUCUACAUUUUAUACAGUAUCUAUUGUUUUAUCAUUUCUUUGUUAAAAUAAAUGACACUUGUUUUAAUUUGUUGUUAUUUAAUGCAAUGACAUUCAGACAUUUUUGAGAGUGCCUUAGGUUUUUCAAAUACUUUUUGGGUCUGCUGUAUGUGUGUGUGUGUGUGUGUGUGUGUGUGUGUGUGUGUGUGUGUGUGUGUGUAUACACUACCGGUCAAAAGUUUUGAAACACUUGACUGAAAUGUUUCUCAUGAUCUUAAAUAUAUUUUGAUCUGAAGGCGUAUGUUUAAAUGUUUGAAAUUAGUUUUGUAGACAAAAAUAUAAUUGUGCCACCAUAUUAAUUUAUUUCAUUAUAAAUCUAAAAUUUAAUUAAAAUAAAAAAAGUUUUUGAAAUUGAUGACUUGGACCAAAUAAUAAAGAAAAGCAGCCAAUAAGUGCCCAACAUAGAUGGGAACUCCUUCAAUACUGUUUAAAAAGCAUCCCAGGGUGAUACCUCAAGAAGUUGGUUGAGAAAAUGUCAAGAGUACAUGUCUGCAAAUUCUAGGCAAAGGGUGACUACUUUGAAGAUGCUAAAAUAUAACACAGUUUUUGUUUAGUCACAACAUAAUUCCCAUAGUUCCAUUUAUGUUAUUCCAUAGUUUUAAUGACUUUACUAUUAUUCUAAAAUGUGAAAAAAAAAAUAAAAAAAAAAAUAAAAUUAUAAUAAAUAAGUGUUUCAAAACUUUUGUUUAUAUAUAUAUAAACAAAAAGGCAUGCUGUAAAAUCAUCUCAGCCUUUAUUGGAUCUAUUUUGAUAUUUAAAUAGUAUUUUUUGCAGAUGUUACUGUUUUUGGAUGAAAUAUUUUUAUAUUGUGGAAAAGCUAGCCUGAUUGCUCAGGGAUGCAAUUCAAGUGUUUCUGUAUAAUGCUUCUAUUCAAGUGAAGGAGCCCUUCAAGUGUUUCUAAAUAGGCAACAGUAACCUCAAAUAGGUUUUUUAUAGGAACACAUAAUGCACAGCAGUGGUGUGCCUUAAACACACUCAAUCAAUCAAUGACUUAUUCACUGAUCAAUCAAUCUAUGCUCUUUAGCGUUUUUGUGAUUAAUGUGUUACGGACUAUUUCUGUUACAGGACAUGAGGGCUCAGAACCAAUUAAUCUGAAUUUAGAUGAGGCCUGAAUUACAUGAUACCCUAAUAUUCACUCCUAAAAAUAAAAGCCAUUUAAGGGGUCCUUAGGUGUGAAAGCCCCUUCUUAUCAAAAACACUUUUUUUUUUCUUUUUUUUUUGCUGUAUAGUGUUCUUGAGUUGCUAUAUGGUUCUUUGGAGAUUAAAAAAGUUAUUGAUGUUACAUUAUAUGUAAGUUUGUCUGAUCUGCCUUUUCUGGGUUCUUUAAAAUACCAAUACAUAUGGCUUUCUAAAGAUUAAGAAGUUAUUUGUGGAAUUUAAAGGUGCACUUAGUAAUUUUAGUGUUUAUGUCGUCUUGGACUUUCACUGACAUCUAGUGGAGGGGAUGCUUCAUCCUUUAAACGCAAUAGUUUUACGUUACCGUAGUAGUAGUAUUUGAUGGUCAUGUGAUAAUAACAUGGCCGCCCCAUGAGGGGACCCCUCUCCAUGUAGAAUAAAACAGCUUUUAUAAAGUUACUGAUAUGACUGGAGUCUCUUCAUUUUAUGUGAGUGGUCAUGAUUUUAUACAAGUGUUUUAAAUUGACUAGGAGUCAAACUUUUUUAAUGAGGACAAAAUUAGUGAGUGCACCUUUAAAAGGUUCUCCUAUGACAUCAGACUAUAUAUAUUUUUCUAACUGGAACCUAUUUUUAACAGUGUACGCCCCCACACAGAUUGUUUUUGUAAUCCCUUGGUAGGCUACUCAAAAGCAAGCCAAAAAUAUAUAUGUAUUUGUGUAUGUUGAUUGUUUUGCACCCCAGCUCUUAAAUACUGUUAUGCAGAUGUUUUAAGAUGUCACAAACUUUUAUUUUAUUUUUUCAAUGAUUUUUCUGCAUGGCUUUUAUGUGAAUAUUUGCUCUUGUACAGAGCUGGACUUUUGGGAAAUAUAUAUAUAUAUAUAUAUAUAUAUAUAUAUAUAUAUAUAUAUAUAUAUAUAUAUAUAUAUAUAAGACAACAUCAAACCUUUUUUUUAUUAUUGCAACCACUGCCUUACUAAUCUGAGACCAACUGUUAUUGUGCAUUGAAUAAACUGCAUUAAUCUACUGCAUUUGUAAAUUAAAGCCAGAAGCCUUCUAUAUAGGGGAAUCUUCAAGCUUAGCCUAAAAUAGAAUAACGCUGCAGUCCCAUAGACAUUUUAUUUGGCGGUACACUAGCGAAGACACAAGAGGUCGUUUUUGGAGGAGAUGCUUCAUUACGCUGAAUAAACUGCUUUUGUGAGGAAACAGCUCAUCAUUUAAUGAAUUGACCACCUGUCCACUGAUCUUCAACAUGUUUUAUAGUAAACAAUUCUUUUAGAAUAAAUGAUGUGUGGAAUUUACAACGAUAAAAUUGCUGUUUGAUAAGAGAGGACAGGCCGUGGCUAGAAGGUAACCCCAUGGCAGCCUAAGUCUCGCGAGAGUCUCGUUCUCUGUUACUAAGGAUAGAUUUAAGGGUCAUAUUUAAUGGUAUGGCUAAGGUUAGGGGUAGGGGUAGAUGUAGGGUUUCUGGAAGUAGGGACUCUAAAUAAACACAAAAGACAGUGUCUGCAUGGGCGCUUUAAGGUACCUGUGGGCCCAUGAACUUGCUGGUCCGCUGAGGCCCCCUUCAAUUUUUUUUUUACACAGACGCCUUUAACACUUGCAUACUGUCACCGUGUCAACAACCGCGUCUUCCGGUGAAAGCGUUUAAACGAGCUCCUCCCGCUGGGUCCCAUAGGAGUUGUAGGCCCCUAGGCUUCAGCCCGUGCGUUAAUGCGGCUCUCGCGAGACUUUCGGUAACUCAGGGGUUACCUUCUAGACACGGCCGAUAAGACGCGGACAAUUUUGCGACAGGUAGGUGUCAGUUUACGGCUCUCCUCUAUAAUUUGUAUGGUAUCCGCAAACGGUGUCUUACUGUCGUUACACGCUAAUUGAAAACGUGGAGGUUAAAGCCAUCAAAAGCUGCAUUGUUCUACAUGUAGUAAUACAAUCUUUGUUGAUGUCAUUAAUGUUGUAAAAGACAAAUGCAAUAAAAAAUAUGUUAGAAACGUA